UACUUGAGUGGUUUAUUUGUCAUAUUUGUGUUGGUCAACGGUUUUACGUUAACUGUUAAGAGUUUCAUAAUAGUUUGACUGUUUACAUUUAGCUAAACGCCUGUCUAAUAGAAGGUUGAGGUUCUUAAACUUAUACAGUGUGAAAGCACGCCUCUAUGUGUGAAAAGUUAACUAGGUUACUUGGCUUCUAAUUUGACUACACCUCGCGCACUGCAGAGGCUGAGACGCGCUAGCAGCUAUAGUUUCUCUUUUUGUCGGAUAAACCUCACCAGUUUCUGUCUGACUGCAGAGUUCAGCUUGUCUGCAACGGAAACAUAAGAAACAGAACACACUCGACCAAACAACAGACACAGCACGCAAUGCCUCAGCAACUUUUUUCACAACUCAUCUCCUGUGAGAACCUACAACUUGCCUUAAAGUGUGGAUAGCGGCAGACGACAGCAAAUCAUAAUUUACUGGCUCGUGGGAAUGAACUCCAACAUACCAUGUCAGACAUCUGUGAUUGGGUGUGUUGGGUCCAGAUGUGUGUAUAUGUGCCCAUUCUGGUUCUCGGUUUCCCUCUGAUCCUGGCUGCUCUGUGGAAGUUGCUCUUCUGCGUUCGACGGUGGAGCGAAUCCACGGUUUACCUCAGCAACCUGAUCAUCAACGACAGCCUGCUGAUGCUGUCCCUGCCCUUUAAAAUACAUGCCUACAAGAAGCACUGGAAACUAGGCCAGACUUUCUGCUCCCUGCUGGAGAGCCUGCUCUAUGUCAACAUCUACGGCAGCAUCAUGCUGAGUGUGUGCAUCGCGGUCGACCGAUACAUCGCUCUACAGUUUCCAUUCGCUGCACGCCGUUUGCGAUCUCCACGCAAGGCAAUGCUCGUGUGCCUAAUUUUGUGGAUGGUGGUCUUUGGAUGCAGCUUCCCCAUCUACAGACUUCACGAUAAUACAGCAAACAAAACAUUGUAUUGCUUUGAGCAAUUCUCCAACUCAACUUGGACGAAAAGUUGGAUUCUGGCAUCUAUGGAAACAGUGUUUUGCAGCAGUGCCGUGGUGAUGGUGUUCUGUUCCAUGCGCGUGGUGCAAAUCCUGCACAAACUGAGGGAACGCUACCCUGGAGAUUCUAAACUGUGCAACAACAAGAGCAUGAAGAUCGUUCUCAGCAACCUGGCCGUCUUCCUUACAUGCUUCAUUCCUUACCAUAUAGCAGCACCCAUAUACUUCCAUGCCAAGACAGGCAAUUGGCAGCAAAGCACCAUCGAUCAUCUACGCUACUUUGUUCAUAUCAGCAUAUGCAUUAGCAAUGUGAACAUCUUGGCAGAUGGCGCAUGUUACUAUUUCAUCCUUAAAGAGAACCUGGAGUCUGCGCAGCGAGAGAGGAGAAUGGCUAUACGCGUCAGAGAGACACGCAUACGUGGAUCAAAGAUUUUAACAUUUGGAGAAAUACAUAAUAGUACGCCCAAAGCCACUGACAAUACGGAAAUAUGUGUGGAUACUGGUUUUACGUAAAGAUCUACACCAAAACUCAUGGAGAGCAAAUGCAAGGAUGAUUAAUCCUAGGAACACAGCAAAGGAAGACGGAAGACAGUAAGACAUGCUCGUAUAGUUGAGUAUGCAGGUGGAUGGGAAGUAUAUACACACAGGAUGUGUGUUUACUUGUGAUGUAGAUGAAUUUUUGGGUACUAAACAAACUCGAUUUCUCAACGGCAAUUUGCUUCUGGAACAUUCUUGUAACAAAAUUGAGCGGUGAAAUCACAUAAUACAAAGGUAAUGGUUUAAAGUUUAUAUGAGCCAUGAUGGUAUUAAUAUUUUGCCAUUUUGGAGUCAAUUUUAUGUUAAC